GGACUCCUUGUCAGAAGAUCUCUCAUGGUUGGUUCUUUCUGGAGCAGACAAAAGGAGAACUUGAAUGUUUCCACAUGUUCGCAGGUUUGACUCUCAGUCAUCAGAUAUUAUCCUGGAUCACUCUGAGGUUUCUCUGUCUCGUCCUGACAGCAGGUCUCUCUCUCAGGGUCCUGCUGUGUGACUGGAGCUGGACUCUGGUUCCUGAGUGUUGGUCAGUGAUUUCAUGUCUGUUCAUGUUUGUAGACUUUGACUGUUCAGUGAUGAGAGUGUGACCGCGUCCUCAGAUUAAUGAUGAUGAACUGAUGAAGGACGAUCAGCUGCAGUCUCUCUCUUUGUCUUUCUGCUACAGGUGAAACAGGAAGUGGAUCUGAAUUCACCUGGUGAGUAUUUUCUUCAUUCUGUCAAACUGAAAGUUUUCACGUCUUCUUCAUUUUGAACAGAACUGGACUCUGAAUGGAUCCAGAUGAGCUCUCUAGUAAACAGGAAUGACUGUGGCUCCAUCUGGUGGUAGAUUCUGGAAUGACACUGUGGUAAAGGACAGUAUGUGGCUCAGGUUGAACUGACUGAGGAUGUUGUUGUGUUUGUGUGAAGGUGGGGGCUCUGCUAUGAAUCAGUGUGAGGACAGAGAGGAGGGGGCCCCUCCCUCUAAAACCACUCUGUGGGGGGAAACAUGAGAGCCAGACCAAAGUUCAGAGGUGAGAUGAGGAUCUCCAACUGUCCAUGACUCUUCUCCAUGUCAGAGCUCAGCACUCACAUCACUCCACCAUCACUAUUAUUCACACUCAGACCUCUGUCUGUCUGUCUGUCUGUCUGUCUGUCUGUCUGUCUGUCUGUCUAAGACCUGAACAGCAGUGCAGACCAGACUCUCCAGGACCUGGACCCAGCUGUGUGUUCUUCAAGAGUGACCGGUCUAAGGAUGGAUGGAUUAAUUUCAAAGAUGGACAUCGGUCUGAUCGUCAAAAGUAAUAAUCUAUAACAGCAGCACUCAAACCUGGAAGAUUUUCAGUGUUCUUGUUUCUUCAUCAGUGUUUGUGUUUCUGUCAGAGUCAAACAUGAGAGACCAGACUCUCCUGGACCUGGACCCAGCUGUGUGUCCUUCAAGAGUGACGGGUCUUUGUUCAGACUUUUUGAGUUCAAAGAAGGAGAGAUUUGUGAUGAGCAAAGGUGAGCCUUUCAAACUGAACUUUCUUUUGUUGUGAAACUUUUCAUCCUAACUGUGGUCAGUGUUUUCUCUGUGAAGGUGAAGAUUUUUCAGGGUUUGUGUUUCUAUCAGGAUCCAACAGCAGUAAACAGGAUCUGAGCCAGAAAGACCUGGACUCUGCAUGUAUCUUCAUGUGUGUCCUGUGUCUGUAGGAGGAUCCAGCAGUGUUUCUACCAGGAUCCUCUAGAUAGACUCUCUCACAUGUAACCCUGUGUCUCCUUAUAUUAUAUCCACUACAUUAGAUUCUGUUUGUUCCACAGAGUUCAGCAGCAGAGAUCAGAGGUUCCCAUUGGUCAGUCUGCCCAGCAGCAUCAAACACAGCUGGACUCCAUAUUUAUGGUAGGUGUAAAUGUACAAACACAGCUCCUACUGAUCAUCAGAGCAGACACUCAGUAUAUUUGGAGGUUUCUGGAUUGUUUCCUAAUGACUCUGCAAACAUCAUCUCUGCCUGAAUUAUCUUCACACUCACAGUUUGACUGAUUGAAUGAAGCCUCACAUUUAUGACCUGCUCAUAGUCAGAGGUCAGAGGUCACGGUGGAUGGUGGUCUCACACAGCCUCAGACUUUGUCAGCAGAGAGCAGAGUUCACAAACUGAGUCCAGUUUGAAGUUUAAAGAACAGAAAGACUUUGGUUCAUGUCGAUGACAGCUGCUGUUUUCAGCUUCAUUCUAAUAAACACAUCACCUCUAAAGUCACUGCAGACUUUUUCUCCAUGAAACCACACCAGGAGGUUUCUCCAAUAUGAAGGUCAGGUCAUAGAAACUGGAUUUGUAGAAGACAGGACCAUCUACAAAGUCAGUCCUGAAGCAGCAUUGUGAUCCAGUCUCCAUGCUGGACUCUGCAGACCAGCAGGCUUUCUGUCUGUCACAGAUGAUCUGAUGUUCAGUUCUACAAGUUCAAGUUCACAUUUUGUUCUGUUCCAGCUGCUCCAGGAGAACAUGAUCAGCUUUGUAAAGGAGCAGCUGAAGGAGAUCCAGAGAGUUCUGAGUCCAGAUGAACCAGAAUACUUAGAGAGUCAGAGGGAGGAUGAGGAUGAAGAGCAGAGGAGGAGCAGAGAGGCAUUUCUGAAGAUCACUGUGAACUUCCUGAGGAGAAUGAAGCAGGAGGAGCUGGCUGACUGUCUGCAGAGCAGUAAGAGGAUUUGAAGAGAUUUAACAUGAUGGAGACAACAUGGGAGAGGUUUAGAGUUCAGACUCUGCUGUUCAUAUGAUGCACACAUUUGUAUCACAUCUAUGAACUGAGAGAAACUGAUCACAGCUGAUGAGCUGAAGAGAUUUCAGAGAGGAGGGAAAUCAAAUCCAUCCUGAUGUCUUCAAGUGUAAAUUCAUCAGACUGAUUCUAGCUUCAGAUGAUUCAUCACAUUUCUCUUUGUUCAUUCAGGAUCUGCUGCUGCAGAGUGCCGACACAAACUCAAGUCCAACCUGAAGGAGAAGUUUCAGUGUGUGUUUGAGGGGAUCGCUAAAGCAGGAAACCCAACCCUUCUGAACCAGAUCUACACAGACCUCUACAUCACAGAGGGAGGGACUGGAGAGGUCAACGAUGAACAUGAGGUCAGACAGAUUGAAACAGCAUCCAGGAAAGCAGAGCGACCAGAAACAACCAUCAGACAAGAAGAUAUCUUUAAAGGCUCACCUGGAAGACAGGAACCAAUCAGAACAGUGAUGACAAAGGGAGUGGCUGGCAUUGGGAAAACCGUCUUAACACAGAAGUGGACUCUGGACUGGGCUGAAGACAAAGACAACCAGGACAUCCACUUCACAUUUCCAUUCACCUUCAGAGAGCUGAAUGUGCUGAAAGAGAAGAAGUUCAGCUUGGUGGGACUUGUUCAUCACUUCUUCACUCAAACCAAAGAAGCAGGAAUCUGCAGCUUUCAACACUUCAGGGUCGUGUUCAUCUUUGACGGUCUGGAUGAGUGUCGACUUCCUCUGGACUUCCACAACAAUCAGGUCCUGACUGAUGUUACAGAGUCCAGCUCAGUGGAUGUGCUGCUGACAAACCUCAUCAGGGGGAACCUGCUUCCCUCUGCUCGCCUCUGGAUAACCACAAGACCUGCAGCAGCCAAUCAGAUCCCUCCUGAGUGUGUUGACAUGGUGACAGAGGUCAGAGGGUUCACUGACCCUCAGAAGGAGGAGUACUUCAGGAAGAGAUUCAGAGAUGAGGAGCAGGCCAGCAGAAUCAUCUCCCACAUCAAGAAAUCCAGAAGUCUCCACAUCAUGUGCCACAUCCCGGUCUUCUGCUGGAUCACUGCUACAGUUCUGGAGGAUCUGCUGAAGACCAGAGAGGGUGGAGAGCUGCCCAAGACCCUGACUCAGAUGUACAUCCACUUCCUGGUGGUUCAGUCCAAACUGAAGAACAUCAAGUAUGAUGGAGGAGCUGAGACUGAUCCACACUGGAGUCCAGAGAGCAGGAAGAUGAUUGGGUCUCUGGGAAAACUGGCUUUUGAGCAGCUGCAGAAAGGAAACCUGAUCUUCUAUGAAUCAGACCUGACUCAGUGUGGCAUGGAUAUCAGAGCAGCCUCAGUGUACUCAGGAGUGUUCACACAGAUCUUCAGAGAGGAGAGAGGACUGUACCUUGACAAGGUAUUCUGCUUCAUCCAUCUGAGUGUUCAGGAGUUUCUGGCUGCUCUUCAUGUCCACCUGACCUUUACCAACUCUGGAGUCAACCUGAUGAAAGAAGAACAACAAACAACAUCUUCAAUCUCUAAAUUCUUCAGUGUCAAACCAAAACUGAAACAUCUCCAUCAGAGUGCUGUAGACCAGGCCUUACAGAGUCUGAACGGACACCUGGAUUUAUGUCUACGGUUCCUCCUGGGUCUUUCUCUGCAAACCAAUCAGAAUCUCCUGAGAGGUCUGCUGACACACACAGGAAGUAGUUCACAGACCAAUCAAGAAACAGUCCAGUACAUCAAGGAGAAGAUCAGUGAGGAUCUGUCUGCAGAGAAAAGCAUCAAUCUGUUCCACUGUCUGAAUGAACUUAAUGAUCGUUCUCUAGUGAAGGAGAUCCAACAGUCCCUGAGAUCAGGACGUCUCUCCACAAAGAAACUGUCUCCUGCUCAGUGGUCAGCUCUGGUCUUCAUCUUACUGUCAUCAGAAAAAGAUCUGGACGUGUUUGACCUGAAGAAAUACUCUGCUUCAGAGGAGGGUCUUCUGAGGCUGCUGCCAGUGGUCAAAGCCUCCACCAAAGCUCUGUAGGUGGACACACGAGAGAUGAAACAUUAUUGUUCGUGAGAGAUGAAACUUUGUCUCUGUGCUAAUCACUGAUUCUUCUUCAGGCUGAGUGGAUGUUACCUGUCAGAGAGAAGCUGUGAAGCUCUGUCCUCAGUCCUCAGCUCCCAGUCCUCCAGUCUGAGAGAGCUGGACCUGAGUAACAAUGACCUGCAGGAUUCAGGAGUGAAGCUGCUGUCUGCUGGACUGAAGAGUCCUCACUGUAAACUGGAAACUCUCAGGUCAGGUUUUAUGCUGAUUCAGUUUUGUAGUUGUUUGAAUGAAAUUGUCUCAAGUUGGUACAUUUUUCCUUGUUUCACAUAUUUUUUUUUGACUCCAGGUUAUCAGGCUGUCUGAUCACAGAAGAAGGUUGUGCUUCUCUGGCCUCAGCUCUGAGCUCAAACCCCUCACACCUGAGAGAGCUGGACCUGAGCUACAAUCAUCCAGGAGACUCAGGAGUAAAACUGCUGUCUGCUGGACUGAAGAAUCCUCACUGUAAACUGGAAACUCUCAGGUCUCAAUGAAGUUAAAUAUUUAAAUUUAAUCUGUAUGGGAUUAAAAAAACAGAAUACCCAGAAAAUGAUAAAUAUUUCACUUUUAAGGAAGGACAACUUUGAAUAGUGAAAGUCAGUCCAUUUUUUGUAAGAUUGCCAUUUAUCACCAUUAAAAGAUGAAAACAAAAAAAGAAUCAAACACUUUAAUUGAAGUUGAAUUAAGCCUUUUAAAUAACAGUACAACUGUAAUUUAACAUGAAUAAAGAUUUUUUUUUUAUCUUACUAUUUUUUUAGGUUUACUGGAUGUAACCUGUCAAAGAGAAGCUGUGAAGCUCUGUCCUCAUUCCUCAGCUCCCAGUCCUCCAGUCUGAGAGAGCUGGACCUGAGUCACAACAACCUGCAGGAUUCAGGAGUGAAGCUGCUGUCUGCUGGACUGAAGAGUUCUCACUGUAAACUGGAAAGUCUCAGGUCUGUGUGAAGUUAAACAUUGAAAUUUAAUCUUAAGAGAUGGAAAAAAAGAAAAUAAAACUAAAUGAGAUAUAAAUUGAGCAACUGAUAAGAUUUCAGUUUUAGGAAGGACAAAACUGAGCAGUUAAAGUCAGUCAUUUUUUAUGUUGGCUGUUUCAUACCAUCAGGGGAUGGACACAAAAAUAAUAAAAUGCUGCACUGAAGAGUAAAAAAAGCCUUUAAAUAACAUUAAAACUUGUAUUUAGCUUGUAAAAAUGAAUAUAUUUUUCAAUAUUACCCAAUUUUUUUAGAUGUACUGGAUGUAACCUGUCAGAGAGAAGCUGUGAAGCUCUGUCCUCAGUCCUCAGCUCCCAGUCCUCCAGUCUGAGAGAGCUGGACCUGAGUAACAAUGACCUGCAGGAUUCAGGAGUGAAGCUGCUUUCUGCUGGACUGAAGAGUCCUCACUGGAAACUGGAAACUCUCAGGUCUGUAUCAGGUUGAACAUAAAACUUAAGUCUGUUAGAUCACAAAACCACAGAAACAAAAACAUUAAUAAAACAGAGAGCUACUUACUGCUCUUUUUUUUAUUCAGUCCGAUCUUGUUAAGAUGAUUAAUUAAAAGUAAUGAGAGAGAAUUUUCUUUUUAAAGAUUACGGUAUGUUCAAAGAAGAAGAAGCAAACGCAUAUACUACUUUUUAUUAUCAAUAAAACGAAAUACCUUAUUUUAUUCAAACAUCUCCAGGUUGACUGGAUGUAAACUGUCAGAGAGAAGCUGUGAAGCUCUGUCCUCAGUCCUCAGCUCCCAGUCCUCCAGUCUGAGAGAGCUGGACCUGAGUAACAAUGACCUGCAGGAUUCAGGAGUGAAGCUGCUGUCUGCUGGACUGAAGAGUCCUCACUGGAAACUGGAAACUCUCAGGUCAGGUUUUCUGCUGACAGAGUUUUGUAGUUGUUUGAAUGAAAUUGUCUAAAGUUGGUACUUUUCCUUGUUUCACAUAUUUUUUCUGACUUCAGGUUAUCAGGCUGUCUGAUCACAGAAGAAGGUUGUGCUUCUCUGGCCUCAGCUCUGAGCUCCAACCCCUCACACCUGAGAGAGCUGGACCUGAGCUUCAAUCAUCCAGGAGACUCAGGAGUAAAACUGCUUUCUGCUGGACUGGAAGAUCCUCUAUGGAGACUGGAUACACUGAGGUAUAACCAGACAGUUACUGAGUCACAGACAACUACAGAUAUAUUUGGUUUCUUCUUCCUGAGGUCUUCACUUAGCAGGUCAUCAUUGUGGACCAUCUUUCUGAAGGACUCUUGGAUGUGAACACUUUUAUCCUGGAUAGUAGCUCUGAUGCUCACAAGUUCUCAGCCUCCCUCCUUCCUCUUAGUGUAGACCCUCAGGGUUCUGGAUUUAGGGUGAAAACCUCCAUUUGAGUAUGUUGAGGAGCUUUCUUGUCUUGAUGUCAGUGGUCUUUAUUUAUAAAAAAAAACAUUUUUAAAUGCUCUUUAUGGAGGACCGCAAGGCUCGCUGAAAUUAAAAUAAAGUAUUUUUAAUUGAAAAAGUUAUUGUACUAUUAAAACAGGAAUUCAUAAAGUGGUUUCCAAAUUCACGAAUUCAUCCAUGAACAAAUCGAGGAAUUAUAAAAAGAGUCUACAAAUGAAUCUUUUAAACUGUACAAAAGUUUAUUCUUUAAAAUGAUGUGCGGCUCAGUCUGUUGUCUCACUGUGGGAAAGCCAAAUUUAGAGCCCUGCUGAUCGACUGACUGCAAAAAAAAGGUUGUAAUAUGUUGUUAUGGAGCCGUAAACACACGCUAAAAAAAACAGUUUUUAAUGGAAGUCUAUUGGCCGAUUUCUGGACAAAGGAGGGUGGGUGGAGCUAAAAUGACAGAGAACUACAGGUGACACCGAGUUUUUUUUAAUAUGAAGAAAAAUAAGAACUGUCACCAAAUUUGAUGCUCCAAUCUUUAAAAAUGUGACUGUCAGCUCAAAAUAAAGAUUAAAAAAAGACAAAUGUCCUCAAAACGGACAGAGGAGGAACCAAGGGUUAAAAAAACAUGAAUGUAUUCCCUAAUCAAUAGUUCAAUAAUCAACUCUCCUGGCUGACAUGGGAAGGUCUUCUCUUCUUGAUUUUCUGCUCUCUUUGUUUGGUGAACCAUCAAACAAACCCUCAGAGCUACAGAGAAACACCUCCUUCAUACAUCCACCCUCAGUCAGAAACAUGGACUCAAAGUACUGGCUGCAGAAGUGGGUUCAAAGGAGAUCAGAUAGUCUUCAUUGAGCUUCAUCAGCUGAGCUCUACUGCUUUACUGGCACAGCUGCAUUCAGUGAGAGCAGCAGCAGACCUGUCAGUCAUGAUCAGGUAAGCUGAGGGGCUGUUUGAGGACAUGCACUGACUUUGCUCCACUUCCUGUCCAUCCCAAACUGCAGGAAAUCCACCUGCUGUUCCAGGUGUGAUGCUCCUACUCCCUCUGCUCUAGCUGACUCUGAAUGAUCCAAGAAGAGCCUCACACACUCACAUGAGUUCAUCUGAGAGCUUUCAUUUCAUCUUCAUUCAUAUUUAGAAGAAGAGAGCCCACUACUUCAUCUCUCUAUCUGCAGACAAGCUUUCAAGUCUAUUUAGAAAGAGCUUUUAGACCAAAGUGUGGACAGCUGUCCUAAAAGAAGAAAUGAAGGUCUUUUUCCAAAGGGUCCAAAUCAAGUCUCCAUGUUGUAGGACAGACCAACAGCCAGCCUUUGCUCUUUGAAUCUUGUUGUUUUUCUGUGAGUUUCUGUCAGAAAGACUCAGAAAAAGUGACAGAGUGAUGGAGACUGUUGGCUCAGAUGAGUUUCAGCCUGUUUCUCUGUCACAGGGACAAACUGAGGAACUCUGCUUCAUGUUGGACAGCAGGUAGGACUCAUGUUGGACACUCAAUCAUUCUGACUGUGUUUCUUCCUCCAGGGUGGACCAUGGUGGAGAGCAGAGGUUAAAACCUGGUCUGAAGAAGUGUAAGUGUUGAAUCAGUUUGACUCCUGAUGACCAAACAGCAGACUGUCAGCUAACAAAGAAGAAAGCCUUCAGGUGUGUCUGAUGAUAACCUGCUGCUGUGUUGUGUCUUUUUCUCUCUGUCAGAUUUCUGUGAACUCACACUGGACUCAAACACAGUAAACAGACACCUCAGACUGUCUGAAAACAACAGGAAGGUGACACGUGUGGAAGAGGAUCAGUCAUAUCCUGAUCAUCCAGACAGAUUUGACUUCUGGGCUCAGCUUCUGUGUAGAGAUGGUCUGACUGGUCGCUGUUACUGGGAGGUCGAGAGGAGAGGAGAGGUUCAUAUAUCAGUGAGUUACAGAGGAAUCAGAAGGAAAGGAAGGAGUGAUGACUGUCUGUUUGGAUUUAAUGAUCAGUCCUGGAGUCUGUUCUGCUCUGAUAAAGGUUACUCUGUCUUUCACAAUAACAGAAGAACAGACCUCCGUCCCUCCUCGUCCUCUGUCUCUCACAGAGUAGCAGUGUAUGUGGACUGUCCUGCUGGCGCUCUGUCCUUCUACAGUGUCUCCUCUGACACACUGAUCCACCUCCACACCUUCAACACCACCUUCACUCAACCUCUCUAUCCUGGGUUUAGGUUCUGGUCUUCUGGUUCCUCAGUGAGUUUGUGUUCUGUGUCGGAGGGAGAGUCUCCUCCUCUCUACACAAACAGCAGCUGAAGAACAGUCGACCCUCUGCACUAACACAAACUUCAGCUGAUUAUCUGACUGUUUGUAUCCUGUCACAUUAGACAGUCUGAAUGUCUGUUAUCAAAGAGCAGGACUCCAUGUCAAACUGGCUCACUGAACUGGACUGAUUUCUGUCUCUAUGGGGGAAAAAUCCGCCUCAUUCAGCACAUUUUUCUUCACUGUAUUGAUCAGAAAGUUUGUCUGAACAGUCAGAGUCAGACUCCUGAAACUCUUCUUCACCUGCACAGGUGUUCAUACCUGUGUUUGAACUGAUGAAGGUCAUGUCCUCAUGAGACUGCAGGCUGGUUAACACACACACAGAAAAAUCAGAGCCAAGCUGAGAGGAGGAUUAGAAAGAAGUGAAGACAGAAAACAUGAAAAUCUGGAGCCGGAGCAGCAGACUGUAAACAGAAGAGAAAGUGAACGUCACCUCUUAACCAACAAACCUGCUUUAGAAAUCAUUACAACUCAAAUCAAAGAGAAAAAUCACAAUGAAUGAAAAAAGAAGGGUGAAAAAUUCAAGAGGAGUAAUACAGGUGUAAGAAUUGAUGUAAGGACGUUUAUGAAACAUGAACUCAAUAAAGAAAUCUAUAUUCUAACAGCUGUCUCAGUUUAGUUCUUACUAAUAAUCAAAUGGAUAUUGUUAUGACCUGGGGUCAUAUGUUUCCUGUUUCUUUUUUUCAGCAGCACAUUUUGUUUGUGGGUAACCCUCCCUACCUGUGGUAGGUGCUGUUACUGUGUGUGUUUUAUUUUUCAGGAAAGGACUCUGGCCUGAUUGGACAGCAGUUGAGGAGGGAAGCUGUUAAAAGGGUGACUGCUGGAGGAGCUCUCUCUCUCAUUUCCUUUGUCUCAACUCCCAGCCAGACCUGUGUUUCGUGGAGGCUCUUUUGUGUUAAAAUCGUGGAAAACUUUGUGAAUUUUGAUUUGUCUUCAUGACAAAUAGUCUCAGUUGUGUGAAGAGAAGUCUGGUAGGUAGGGGUGGGCAGCUAUUUGCUUUCACAGACUUUUUCUCGUGUUUUGGGUUAGGGAGGCAGGUAAGACCCCCUGUAUUUUAUUUACUAUAAUUUUGUUUGUUAGGUAAGAUAGUUUUAAAUAAAAGAGGUUUUGUCUGUUGUUUUGGCCUGUGCCCACCCUGAAGUUGACUACCAUUUACGUUAACAAUAAAUUAAUUUAAGACUGCUAACUGUUGUUGAUUGUUGGUUUUCUUGGGGGAGUUGGGGCAAAGGAAGGAGCACUUUAUGUUGCGUCCGGCAUACCCCUAGCAACAAUAUUAAUGAUGUUAUUGGAUGGAUCUGAAUAUUAAAAAUCAAUUCUAAAACUUACCAGGAGCCGAUGAAGUGAAGCUGAAAUAGGAGUUCUAUGAUCUCUGGUUCUGGUUCUAGUUCGGAGGUGAGCUGCUGCAUUCAGGACCAGCUGUAACUUGUGUAAACUCUGUUGGUUCAGACGUGUGAACAAAGAGUUGCAGUCGUCCAGAACUGCACAUGUCAAAGUUGUAACAAGAGUCAAUGGGGAAUGAUGUGUUCGCCUCUGGCCGUCAUAUAUGUCAACGAUGAGUAACUGUUGGAAACAUAGGACAUUUCUAAACUGACCUUUAGUGCAAAUUAUACCUUUCAAUUCCCUCUCUUCAGACUAUAUUAUUCAAUUAGCCUUUUUAAAACAUGGGUUAUGCAUGUGAAAGUCAUAAAAAAGACGUUUUAAUUCUUUUUCUGUAUAUUAAAUAAAACACCAUCAAGCUGUGAUAUGGAAGCCAAGCAACAGCAUUUGGUUGCAGAGAGAAAACAAAUAAAGAAAGAAAUAAAGAAAGUCUGCGUCUAUUUUCGAGCACAAUUUUCAAGUGAUGUAGUAAUAAUGAUAAUCUUUUGAUCAAGUUUCUGUUUCUGACCUCUUUUGUUGGUUUCAGAUUAUUUAUAAAUGUGUUAAAAUUAAAAUGAUGCCAUGAAGACUUUUGGAUUUCUCUCAGGACAUCUGUCAUAAUUAAAAUAAAGAAAAUGAAAAUGAAACCACAUCAGUUUUACAUUAAAAAAAAAAAACCCUGACAGUCACAGGCUUGGUCUCAAUGACAGGUGUAUUAUUGGUUAUUUGUGUGGGAAUUAAAUAAGGCACAUUCACAUCAUCUUUACACUUUCAACCUGAAAGAAAACAGUGGUACAAAAAUGAUUAAGACUUCUGAUUGGGUUUGACAUCUUUUCAGUUGAAAUUAGACACUGAAACACCAGGACGCUGCCUUCCUGAAGCUGUGAGUGUUCCUGCGUGUCGACAUGAAUCAGAGGAGAUCGGAAACACACAGCUGACUAUCAGAAAGGAAAAAAGAAAUCAGAAAACAUGACAGACCGAGAGUUUAAGAGUUUAAACCGGAGCCUCAUCAAUUUUAAGGUUUGUGUUAGUCGGUUGUACCCAAAGAGAGAAAGUGUAACACAGUGUUGUGCCGUUAUUUGGUCCAUGAAACUCCAUUACUGAGCAGAUUCAAUAAACUGUAGCAGAAAACCGACCCGGCUCCUCUGUGUAUCUGUGAAAGUCGAUGAAGAAGAGCGUCCUCUAUCUGCUGGAUCUUUUAUCUCUCCUCAGAUUUCGCUUCACGCAUGUCGUCACGCUCAACCAGCCCGGGAGACACUUCUGGAAAAUUCAGCUGACGCCGCUAAUAUCCGUGUUAUCUUAAAGGCAGCAGAUCUGAGAGAUACGCCGGAAACAAUCAGCGUCAAACACGCCCUGAUUAUGUUAGCAUUAAUGUUCUGUCUUCAUCUAAAACCAGGAAGAGUUGAUGACGUUGGCGCCUCCUCAGUCUGUCACCUGAUUGGACAGUAAAGGGUAAACAAACCCACCUGGACGUCACCUCAAAGAUGUCACAUCAUGCUAAGUUAUAGAAGUUUAAGACUGUUUUUCUCAGACUUUGCCUGUCGCCCCCUGAUGGCCGGAAUAAAAAUUAGCUACUUCCGUUUUCAGACUCACAGUUUGAGCAUUUUGACAAGAUUAAUCGAACAAAUUCAUGCAAUCAACGUCUUUAUUUAAACAUGUAAAUUUAGGAAAAAGAUGACAAACAUCCACAAAUUAAAGUUGUAAUUUUAAAAACACUAAAAUCAUAAAUUCACAGUUGUAGAUUUUUUAGGAUUACAGUCUUAAAUGUAAAAAAAAUUGAGUUAUUUUUCAUCUUAAAUGUGUUGAAAAUAAAUCAACAAGAAUCAAAAUGUCGAAUAAAGAGGUUUGAGUUUAUUUUCACCAGAAUAAAGUUUUCAUCGAAGAGGUGAUUUCCAGAUUGAAGUCAGUAUUUUAACAGAUUGAAGUCGUAAUUUGAUGAGAAUAUGUUGACAAACAUAUUCAGUAAGCGGCUUUAAGAGCCACUUAUGCAAGAAACUACAGAGAAACACACUGUGGCAUGUGGUUUCACAAAAUGGACACUUGGUGGCAGCACCGACCACUAGCGUCACUGGGACUUACAAGUACGCAACAGGAGCUGAGCUCGUUAUCCGGUUGAAUGGAGAAUGAAGAACAGUUUUCCUGUUUUCUUGAUUCCUGUGUAAUAUUUCAUGUAUUUCCAGGUCAGUUAUUCAUCUUUUAUUUGAUCACAGAUGUUUAUAAGCUAAAAUGAAUCCCCAGUGAUGUUUUAUCGGUGAGCUAAAAGUGUGUUAAGAGUGUAAACUUCGAAGUUUGACGGUACGUGACUUUUGUAGCAGAGAAAAUGGCGCCGACGCCGCAGCUCGUUGAUUUGUUUUUCGUAUGUUUCUUUCGGCUCCCGGGCAUUUGUGAGUUAUUUCUGUGUGUGUUAAAAGCGGUUAUGUGUAUGGACAUUGUUUAACACAGAGUAAGCUAAUGAAAAUAUGUAGUUUGAGAUCAGAUAGGGCUGCAGUCCUGUUUAAGUGGCGCGUAAGUUAAGAAGAGACAAUGACACGGUUCGAGUUCAGCGGUUUUAGCAGCAAGAUACGAGGUAACCAUGUUUAACAAUUCACUUUGUGUUUAUAUAUAGUGUAAAGACGAUACUAUUUAACUGCAACUGUGAUUUAUUCUGUUAUUAAAAGUGAACACUUAUAAAAUGUACAGCUAAAAUAGUAUUUAAUGAGAGAAAGAUAUUUAUUUAAGAUGUAUAAAGGGUUUAAAUGUGGGUUGUAAAACAUCUAGAUUAAAAUGUGUGGUAGUAGUACUUGGUAAAUGUUUAAUAUUUGUUUUUUUAACCAUCUAUAAGCAUUACUUAGAUGGUUAUUGUAAAGUUAGGGUUAGGUUUUUAAAAUUGUAAAAUUAACAAUUUAUCAAUGGUCUAUAUGCUAUUUAUAAAUGAUGAUUAAACAAUUAUAAACUAUCAGCUCACCAUUUAUAAAUGGUCUAUUUACCAUCUAUAAGGUAUGGUUUUUGUGAAGUGUUACCCUCUUUUUUUCAUCAGCUGUCCCAGGGCAAAUAAAUUCUCUCCUGGGACACAGUUUGUCCCGUUUUUUAGUGAAAAUGGGCUGGAACGGUUCCUUUGCUUCUCGGCUUUUUAAAAUUGUCUCUGAUUCCUUCCCAUUGUAUAUUUAGGUCACAUAGGAGAGACGACAGACAAGGAAGGAGAUGGAGGAAAUACACGUAAGCAGCCACCAGCAUGAAAAUAAUGAUAUACUAAUUACAGUCCUGACUGGGCGAAACUUUAAGACUCUGAAUGAGUACGGCCGACCCAGGGAGACCAUUUUUUCACCACAUUCGUUUUGUGUCUGGUGAAAAUCUUUGUAAAAUAUGAAGGGAAAGACACAUUGGAAAUCCACGCAAAAAAUCAGCCCAAGGAGUCCACCCAGAAUCAGAGCAACAGGCUCAAGAACAUCUGUGUCAGAGAGACAACAAAGAGGUAAGAGGAGCUGUGGGAAGUCCUAAUUGUUCACCUAGUAUAUUUGCACAUUCAAUCAUGUUUUAAUCCUUAUUUUCUCUGUGCAUAUUUAAUGUAGAUAAAGGUACUAUACGAGGCAAAAUUGAAUCCUGCUCCUAAUACUUAGGAUGGGUUAAAUGCAGAGAACAAAUUUCACUGUUCUGUAUGUGUGACUAAAUAAAGCACCUGUAAUCCUUUGUAACUUAAUAUAGCCUAGAUAACUUAGUAGUCAACCCUAACUCCUGUGAUGUCUCUCUCUUUGUUCUAGUGUGUUGACAUGGCUGCUGGACUCAGAUGAUUCAAGGCUGAGGUGA